CAGGUUUAUGGGAUUGGGCUAUGUCCGAAGGCAAAGUGAUAGCUCUAGCCAGCAGUUGUCGUCGACUUUUCAACAAGGAAUAAACCUGGAAGCACACCAGUAUGGCUUGUUUUAGAUCGACCGAACGGUGUACAUCGAGCGGUUCCCCCGUGACUGAUGGUGCGGCGUUCGUGCUGCCCAGCACUAUCACCUUAGGCCUCAUGGGGACUUGGGAUUUCGCAUGGAUGAGGUGGCGAGACUCAGUUGGCGACGAUCGGCGUCGAGACUGCGAGCCUGCGAGCCUGCGACUCGCUCAAGUAUAGAAGGAUUGGUCCUGUCGGUUCAUCUUGGUUGCAGUAUACCUUCUGCAAACCACUGACAGUCCUCUGCUGUACCUCUCUUUCUGCACACCAACUACAACUCCUGUGCCCUAGAUCUCCUCGAACAUCAAGGAGACGAUGACGAUCCAUAGCUACAUGGCGGACCUAGCUUUGUCGAGCUG